UUUUAAAUAAAGGUAAGUCCGAAUAGAGAAUUUUUUUGUAGAUAGAAACUGUAUUUUGUACUUCCUUAGAGGUCAAUACCAAUGCGGUGAUUUUGGAGCAGCCAAGCACUAGUGGGCUUCAAAAGAAGGUUAACUCUAAAGCAGGUAAGCAUAUUAAAACAUUUUUUACUACCUUUAUGAAUUAAUGAUCUCUUUUUAAUAACAAUUUACCCCCUCGAUGCGAUUCAAUUUUUUAUUUAAAAAAAUACAUAUAUAAUAUACAUUACUUGAGUUAUUAUUACAUACAUACCUACCCAUGUACAUAAAUUAAAUUUUUAGACUAUAUGGAUAAUUGUACUGAUGAAAGUGUUAUAUCAGGCAGCGAAUAUUCCCCUUCCAGUGAAGAAGAUUCAGAAGAGGAUUCUGAUAACUCAAAUAUUUCUUAUUCGACGAGUCUCAUAAACAAAUAUCCGGAUGUUGAUAGAGUCAAACGUAAAAUGUUUCCGGAUAACCAAAAAAUUAAAAAGGUUCCGACAAGCAGCAGGGAAACCCCGGAUAGGAUUGACGUCAUUGGCGAAGUGCAGGAGGAAAUACCUCGGGAAAUACGUAUAGAAGACCAUAACCAGCAAUUCGAUGUUACUGCCGAUGAAAUAAGUAAAAGAGAAAUUGUUAAACCAGUUUUAAAAAUAACUAAAAAAAGAGUCCGGAAACCUGAUAAUUGGAAACGAAAUAAAGCGGCAAAGUUAAGACAACAAGGUAAAGAAUAUAUUUCUCAAAAGACUGGUAAAGUGAUGGAAGCAAAAACAAUUAAAAGAGAUUUUCUGUGUAAAGAAAAAUGUAGAAUAAACUGUACUGAGAAAUUUAGUAUUGCAAGCAGAGAAGAAAUUCUAAGAAAAUUUUAUAAGCUAGAUACAAAUUCCAAUAUUUUAAUUUUUAAAAGUAUUAAGAUGCAGGAAGUUAAUCGUCACCGCCCUCGUUUUACCUGA